AUGGCAGAGAGCACAAGAUUUCGCACCAUCGAAGAGCAAGUCAGGAAACAAGAAAUCAAGCUGCAGGAAGUGAUUGAAUCCCUACACACUUCCAAAUCUGAACACCAGCAAAUCAGGAAAGACUUGAAGGUGGAGCUUGAAGAGAACAACAGGCGGAUGGAAGGCCUGUUAUCAGGAUUGGAGCAGAACUUCACUCAGAUGUUUGAGCAGAAAUUCAAUGAUCUGCUACUGAAGCUGAACUCUGGCAGGGAACAAGCAAACGAGGGGAGUAGCAGAAUGAUCGACCAGCUGCCACUCCUACCAACUCCACCAGCUCAUCAGAGAUUAACCACAGACGGCGAGGCUCAGAGAUCCUUCAGGAAGGAUGGGAGUAAGUUUUACAUUCCAAAUCCUCCUAAGAUUGAUUUACAAAUGUUUGCUGGAGACAAUCCUAGAGAAUGGUUGCGUAAAUGCAACAAAUAUUUUUUGAACUAUCAAGUUCCAGAAGAACAUAAAGUAGAUGUUAUUGAAAUGUAUUUGGAAGGCAGGGCUGAUAAAUGGUUCCAGGGAGUAAAAAUUGCGAAACCUAAGAUGAGUUGGGAAGAAUUUGCGAAUCUGCUAUGCUGCAGGUUUAAUGAUAGGACCUGUCUAGAUAUAGUGGAAGAAUUUAAUAAACUACAGCAGAUAGGCAAUGUUGAAGAAUAUCAGGAGAAAUUUGAGGAAUUAAAGGCCUUGAUGAUGAUAAGAAAUCGAAGUCUGGAUGAGACUUAUUUCAUUUCUAGUUUCAUAAGUGGACUAAAGGAAGAGAUCAAACCUAUGAUCAAGAUGUUGAAACCUGCUACUCUAGCUGAAGCAUUUGAACUGUCUCAGUGGCAAGAGUAUGCAGUAAAACUGCAGAAUAAGAGUUCUAAGGAGAAUGUCAAACCACUAGGAGAAAACAGGCUUGGAUUGUCAAGAAACACCGGUACAGCAUUUGGGAUUAACUCGUAUAGGAUUCCAAACCACAGCAGCCCCAAUCAUCCUAAAUUAGCCAAUCGGCAAGAAGGCACUAAGGAUCCUAGGAGACUCUCUGCACAGGAAAUGCAGUAUAGGAGGAACAAUGGACUGUGUUUCAAAUGUGGAGAGAAGUAUGGAGUUGGCCAUCAGUGCAGGGUUGGCCAUACACACUGUAUGGUGUUAGAAGAAGAAGAGGAAACUGCAUUUGAGGAUGCCUUGGGAGAGCAGGAUGAACAUACUGGGAAUCCUGGUCAAUCCAUGGAAAUGUCUUUGCAUGCAUUAUCUGAAGCCUUAAAGAGGAAGACAAUCACACUCACAGGAAUCUUAGAUGGAGAAGAGGUGCUCAUCUUAGUAGAUACUGGAAGCUCUGACAGCUAUAUCAGCAGUGAACUGGUUAUUGGAAUGGAUGUCAAGUACAAGUGGGUGGAUCAGCCUUUCUCAGUUAUCAUGGGAAAUGAAACUACUGUCACCAGCAAUGCUAUUUGUCCUGGGGUACAGUGGAGCAUUAACCAGCACAAAUUCAAAUUCGACCUCAAGGCAAUGGAACUAGGAGGGUGGGAUAUAAUACUAGGCGUGGACUGGAUGACACACUUCAGUCCCAUCACCUUUGAUUUCCAGCAGCUCAGGAUAUCACUGCAUCAUGCAGGAGGGGAGAUUCACCUACAUGGGCAAGCAGACAAUUGUGACAUGGACCUGAUCAGGGGCAAAGAUUUGAGGACAUUCAUUGAAUACAAAAAGCAGAUGUGCAUGGCCAUGUCUUCCCAACAGCAGGAGGGAAGCAGACUGGAGUCCACCCCACAGAAAGUACAGGAACUACUGCAGGAGUAUGAAGACAUAUUCCAGACCCCCAGUUCAUUACCCCCUAGCAGAAGUGUGGACCAUGAGAUACCCCUUAAACCAGACGCUCAACCAUUCAAACUCAAACCUUACAGAUAUCCUCACUACCACAAGGAGGAAAUAGAGAGGCAGGUGACUGAAAUGCUGCAGACAGGUAUUGUAAAACACAGUAACAGUCCUUUUGCCUCCCCUGUGUUACUGGUCAAAAAGAAAGAAGGAACUUGGAGGUUCUGUGUGGACUAUAGGAAGCUGAAUGACCUCACUAUCAAAGACAGAUUUCCAAUACCCAAUGUGGAUGAAUUACUGGACGAACUGGCAGGAGCUGUGUUCAAAACUAAGCUGGAUUUGACUGCAGGUUAUCAUCAGAUCAAAGUCAAAGCUCAAGACACCUACAAGACAGCUUUCCAGACGCAUUGUGGACAUUUUGAGUUCUUGGUUAUGCCAUUUGGCCUCACAAAUGCCCCUGCAACAUUCCAAGCAUUGAUGAACCAGGUAUUCCAGCCUUAUCUGAGAAAGUUUGUCCUAGUUUUUUUUGAUGACAUACUGAUAUAUAGCCCCACACUAGAGGAUCACCUCCAUCACCUGAGAAUUGUUCUAGAUCUAUUGAAAAAUAACCAACUGUAUGUGAAGAAAUCUAAAUGUGAAUUUGCUCAGAAAAGAAUAGAUAUCUAG